UACUCGAGCGUGGAGUUUGGAGUCUGCCCUCCCCUCAGAUAAAGCAGAACACCAGAGGCUCUGGCUCGCUUUGCUUUUUCUUUUUGGCCUUUUCUUUGGUGCCACUUCAGCUGCUGUGUGGGUUUGGAUCACCUGGCUGCAGGGGAGAGGAGGACGCACAAUGUUUUCUCUGGCUGUGUUUUUGCUUUGCGCGGCCACCUCUGUCGCAGCCUCUGCCAAAGGUGCUGCUGCUGCUGCUGGGCCCCGACUGAACAACAACCAGCUGUACAAAUUCAGCUACACCACCGAGCUCCUGCUGGACAAGGCUCGGGGGUCAAAGGAUGGCAGCGCUGGCUACAGAAUCUCAACCGACGUCAACAUUAAUCUAGUUCGGAGAGAUCCGAGCAACAAGGACGACCAGCUGAUUCAGCUGGCUAUCUCAAAUGUGCAGAUUGAGCCUGUGUCUCAGCGGUCAGACAGGAACAGCGUCCUCCAUGGAUCCACAACCGAAAGCAUCUUGGGAAAAACCAAACUAGCAGCUCUGACAAAACCUUUCCUGGUGCAUCUGAAAAAUGGAAAGACCAAAGCUUUCUACUCCUACUGGGCAGAACCUGCAACCAUCAAGAAUCUAAAAAGAGGCAUCACCAGCUUACUGCAGUUUCAGACCCAUACCGGGAAGGUUGUUGAGAAUGAUGUGUCUGGGAGGUGUACGGUUCAGUAUCAAGCAACAGAAGGUCAAGUUACAAGAACCAAACUCCUGGAAACUUGUAAAACUUCAGAUAUCGGAUUUACCACACAUAGUAAGGUAUUGGGUGUAAGCAGGAAGUCCAGUUCUGUUACAGUGUUUAAACUUGAAGAUGGUUUCAUUCAGUCAGCCGUGGCUGAAGAAACUCACUCUCUGGCCGUUGAUGCUCGCCGAUCCACUGCUGCUAAAAUUGUAUCCAGACAAACCCUGCUGCUGGUAGGUAAAGAGGCUGGACCACUUGAGGUGGCUGGAAAAGAUGUCGCUGGGGUUGUCAAGUCAAUAGAUGGCAAACUGGCAGCUGUUGGAAUUGUUCCUGAGAAGCUAAAAACCCAAUGCAAAGGCUGUCCGUCACUCUUUGAACAUUGGCAGGCAGUGAAGAAGCAGCUGGAGCCAGCAAGCCUGUCCAAAGCCACGGCUCCUCGCAGCUUCCUGGGCCUCGUCCAGAGCAUUAGGAAGGCGUCCAAGGACGAGAUCCUCAAAGUGCUGAAAAGUGCCAGCAAGACAACCCUACCUCAGGUGGUAGAUGCUGUGACCUCUUCUCAAACUCCUGCAUCUCUGGAUGCCAUGCUUGAGUUUCUUAAUUUCACCGAUGGGAAGGGUUUGGUUCUGCAGGAGCGUUUUCUCUAUGCAUGUGGCUUUGCCUCACAUCCCAACGAGAGAAUGCUCCAGGCUCUGCUGAACAUUGCUAAAGGAAAGAUCGGCAGCACAGAUAUCAAGGAAUCAGUGGUGAUUAUUAUGGGAGCUCUGGUCCGUAAGCUGUGUCUGAAAGGAAGCUGCGAUUUACCGACAGUGGUGCAGGUGAAGAAGAUGAUUUUAGAAGGUCCAGAAAGCACACAGGUUGAGUCUGAGGUCCAGACGUACCUUCUGGCACUGAAGAACUCUCUGCUCCCUGAGGCCAUUCCCAUCCUCACCAAGUUUGCAGAGUCAGAGGUGGGAUCUUACAGCAUCAUUGCUCUCACUGCCCUGGAGAGAUAUGAUGUCAGCCUCAUUAACCCUAAGGUCAAACAGACAGUGAACAGGGUUUAUCACCAGAACAGGCGAAUUUAUGAGAAGAACGUGAGAGCUGCUGCUGCUGAUGUCAUCCUCAGUAGCAACCCCUCAUACAUCGAGGUAAAAAAUCUGCUUCUGUCCAUCGGAAACCUGCCGCAUGAGAUGAACAAGUACAUGCUGUCGAAGAUCCAGGACAUCCUUCGCUUCCAAAUGCCUGCCAGCAAAAUUGUACGAAAAGCUUUGGAGGACAUGAUUUCCCAUAACUAUGAUCGCUUCGCUAAAGUUGGAUCAUCGUCUGCAUUUUCAGGGUUCAUGGCCCAAUCUCCUGAUGUGACCUCCACAUACAGUUUGGACAUCCUGUACUCGGGCUCUGGGAUCCUCAGAAGAAGCAACAUGAAUAUUUAUGGUUCAAGUCAAGGUUCAAUGCUACAUGGACUGCAGGUGGCGAUUGAGGCUCAGGGUCUGGAGUCCCUGAUCGCUGCCACUGCUGAUGAAGGGGAGGAGGACCUGGAGUCUUUUGCUGGUAUGUCAGCUCUGCUGUUUGAUGUACAGCUGCGACCCGUCACGUUCUUCAAGGGUUACAGUGACCUCAUGGCCAAAAUGUUCUCCAUGACCGGGGAACCAAUGAACGUGGUGAAAGGACUCAUCCUCCUGACCGAUCACUCCGAGGUCAUCCAGCUUCAGUCAGGUCUGAAGGCGAGCGCAGAGUUUCAAGGAGGCUUAGCCAUUGAUAUUUCUGGGGGGAUGGAGAUAAGCCUGUGGUACAGAGAGUCAAAGACCAGCGUCAAUAACAGAGGAGCCUUAGUGGUCACUGGCAAUGUAACGGUGGACAUGGACUUUUUGAGGACAGGUGUGGAGGUCAGCUUUGAAACAGAAGCCUCACUAGACUUCAUCACCACAGUCCAGUUCUCUGAAUACCCCUUCCUGGUGUGCAUGCAGAUGGACAAGGCUGGCUUCCCUGUCAGUGAUUACUUUGCCAGGUAUGACAGUGUAUCAUCGGGGAAGAGCAUCACAUCACGAAAGGGUAAAAAGCAGCAUGUGCCUGGCUCUGAGUUCCCUCUCCAUCAGGAGAACUCCAACAUGUGCAAAAGGGUUUUUGAGUCCAGCUGGUAGAGAGGACAUCAGGAUGUAUUCACUACCAAAGGGUUUACUACAUUUAGAGACAGCUGUCACAUGCUUACACUGAAAAAGCAGGUCUCGAUUUCUCAUGCAAUGAAAGAUCAUCAAGUGAAAAGAAAGGUGAAUGUUUUUAGCAACAUAUGCCACGUUUACAUUCCUUUAUAUAUUUAAGGGGUGCUGGUCAUUUUGCCCCUUCACUGUGUUGUGCUUUUAUAUUUUUGGCUGUAUUGUGUCCAACUGUCUUAAUUGGCUGAGAAAACAGUCAUCUUGCCACAGAGCGUUCUUUUCUAACCAUACCUCAGUCGUAUCUGCCUUGAGGAAGUUUUCUACCUUUUUUCACAAAUAAGGAUUUAAAGUAAUUUUCGUAAUAAUUUACUCAUAGUUUUCUGUGAGAAAAUGUGCUAUGUGACUCCUAUAAUAAUGAUGCACCACUUGGAGGAUGCUCAAAGUUAUUUGGUUUGAUCAUAUUUUCUAAGAGUGGAAUGACCCAGACUGAGAUCAGAACCACAAUAAAUGGAGGAAGUUGUAAAAUAAAAUGCCCACAAAGUUAUACACAAUUGAAUUAUACAUGAGAUUAGAAAAUUUUCAGGAUUAUUUAUCUCCAUAAUUCAUCAUACAUACUAUACUAGCAUGAUAAAUAAAACUGCUACGCAUUUUUUAAGUACUUUGGUAAGGAAUCAUUUCUUUACAGAAGGAGGUUGGCAAAGCAUGCCUACAAAAUUAGGAUAUGAAUCGUUGAAGGGGUGAAAUGACCCAGUUAUAUUUAAGUCAUUUUAAUUUGAUAUUUUUGUCAGAAAUUGGGAACUCUGCGCAUUUUGUGUUUUUGGAUUUCUUUGAAAACUGUAUUUAUGAUGGGCACAUACAAUAAAGUAUAUUUUGUUCUGUAAAUAUUGGUGAACCUGGAAAAAACAUUUCAAGACCAAAACUACUCUUUUCUGACUGAUAUUGUAUUUUUUAAAUAAAUUUGCUGAUAAUAAUGAACAGUUUAUCAUAUUAUGUUGCUGUAUCCUAAGCCACACAUGUUAAAUAACUAAUAUUAGAGUAAUGUUUUUAAUUGUAUUUGUUGUAAUCUAGUUCUUUAAAACUCUGACAAGAUAAAUAUUGGUACAAUGUUGUUUACUUUGUACUUGCAAGAUUUGUUAUGUAACUUAAGUACAAAAAUGUGAAGCCAUCCACUCAUUAAUUUGGUGUAUUUUUUUCAAAAUGUCUAUGGCUGAAAUUGUUUGAAAUCUGACUCUUACUGGUUUCCAUGUUUAGGAUUCAACUAAAUUUGUUAUUUGCUGACAAUAAAAUGUGCUCAUUAAGCAUUAACCUUUUCA